AUGGCCUUUGGCUGGGCAGAAAUCCGCUCCCUCCUCCUCGUCUUCGGCCCAAUCCUCCUACCCAAAGCAAUCUCCGCCUACAAGUCGAUCCGCGAUGCGUCCCGGUACAGCGGCGAGCCCGUUGCGCUGCCGCCCCGGGUCGCCCGCGCGCUCGCCGUCCUGACGGGCAUCGUCCUCGUCUACCUCGCCAAGUCCCUCCCGCCGUUCGCGCCCGAGAACGUCUUCGCCCUCACCCAGUCCCGCCUGCAGAUCCCCGUCGACGUGCUCUUCACGCGCCUCUCGUCCCUGCGGCCCGACGGCCUCCUGUCAGCGGCCGACGAGCGCCUCCGCGCCCGCUUCGUCAGCCUCGAGUCCCGCCUGCUGUACCUGCACCUCGGCCCAGACGCCCUCGCCGACUGCCCCUUUUGCAAGUCCGAGGACCCAAAGUCCUUCUUCUACUACGCCCUGCCGGCCAUCGUCCUCCCGCACCUCAUCAACCUCAUCAUCCUCGCCGCCGUCACCUCGGGCUCGCUCACCGGCCGCGACGGCGCGCGCUGGCGCUCCCACGCGACCGUGGCCGCCGUCGUCCUCGCCGUCGCCGACGCGAGCCUCGUCAACUCGUACGACCACUCGGCCAACUCGGCAGCCCUGCGCCUCCAGGACCUCGACUUUUUCUACUGGAAGGCCCGCGCGCUGCGCCACGUCGGCCUGGCGGUCCUCGACGCCGGCGUCGGCGCGCUGCUGUUCCUGAGCGCCACGCGGCGCGCCUUUGUGCUGCCGCCCUCGCCCGCCGAGCGCAUCGAGGCCGGCAACCGCACGCUGACGACGGUCAAGAGCAAGCUCAGCGCGCUCGGCAUCGUCAAGAACACCACCCUCCGCGACGAGGAGCUACGCGCCCGCAGCCAGGCCUACUGGCUGCGCGAGGGCCAGAUGGUGCGCGAGGCCAUGGAGGAGCGCGAGGUCGUCGAGAGCGUCAACGACGCCCUCGAGAACCGCAUCAACAUUCGCCAGGUCACGGCCGACGCCGAAAUGUACACCGAGGGCGUCUUCCGGCUGCCGGACGAGAUGGCCCAGUCUUAG